UGUCCCUGUGAGAGGAGAUGAAGCUGAAGGUGCUGCUGUGUGUCUCUGCUCUGGUCGGUGCCUUCCUGCCUUGCCUUGCAUACUGUCGUCCCGCUGACUCCUCCAUCAGCCCCCACCAGCUCCUCCCCCGACCGCUGCUCCUCCACCUGGGUGAGGAGUUCUCCCUCCAGCUGGGGGGAGGUGGAGGAUCCUCCUCUGGUCUGGACCUCCUUUCCUCCUCCUCCUCCUCCUCCUCCUCCUCUGCAGUGAACCGGGCUCUGCUGCAGCUCACACAGCGCCUCCUGCAGGCUCGGGCGGAGCAGGAGGAGGAGAGCGCUGAGAAGGGGAAGAGGUCCGAGGAGCCCCCGAUCUCUCUGGACCUGACCUUUCACCUCCUGAGGGAGGUGCUGGAGAUGGCGCGGGCGGAGCAGCUCGCCGUUCAGGCGGACAGCAACCGCAGAAUGAUGGACGAGCUCGGGAAGAAAUAAAAAACACUCAAACAAUGGACUUCUGAUUUGUUUUAAAUGUUUGACCCUGUGAGAGCCUUUGGAGUCAGUCUGUGUUAGACCCCCACCCGAACACACACACAGGACGUCUGGCUCUCUGAAUCAAACACCGACAUAUCGAAGAUUUACAAACACACAGGGAACCAAUCAGCUUUAAGCUCUGAGCCUCAAACAGGA